AUGAAUGAGCAAUACCCAUAUUUUAAGGGGGCAAAAUUCAAGACUGCCUUAGAUUUUCGAUACUGCAGAAACCUUCGUAUAUCAAAUGUUGAAAUUUGUUCGUCCCCAGGGCUUGGCGCUAAUUUGUACGAUGUUGGGGGAGUUGUGAACUUCACAAACAGUUUGUUUGCAGAUAAUUACGCUUUAAACGAAAGCAGUUAUGACAGAUGGAUUUUUAUCAGCCCAGAUGGAAGCUAUGUUUACUCCGGAGGCGGUGUUAAUCUCAUGUUAAAUCAAUAUAGUCACAAUACGUGGAACGUGACUCCUGGUGAACACGAUUCAUAUCAGCACAAUAACAUUUACGAAUUUUCAAAUUGCCAUUUUAUGAGAAACAGAGCUAUGUGGCUGAACGACACCAAAGAUGAUAACGGAAUGAACACACUAAAACUUCCUUUUAACCGUGGAGGUGGAUUAGCCAUAUAUUUCCAAGGGAAUGCAAGUGGGUGUCACAUUAAAAUCCAGUCAUGCGUUUUUGCGAACAACAUAGCAUCGUGGGGUGGAGGUUUUCAAGUUGAAAUGAAGGACAAAACGGAGAAUAAUUCUCUUGAAGUAAGAGCAACGGUCUUUCGAGAAAACUUUGCCUCAUUUGCAGGUGGUGGGGCUCGGUUAGGAAGCUUGCCGGGGAAGCAUGUUCAACCUCGUAUAAAUCGAUUCGAGAUGACAAACUGUUCAUUUGUAAACAACAAGGCAACAUUGGGAGGCGGUGCGUCGCUGUAUGGAGCAACAAUUCGCACCAAGCACACGGACCCCGUUGUAACUCAGUUUUUCUUUAAGAAUGAUAGCAACUGGAUCGGAAACAUUGGAACCGUGGGAGCUGCCGUCAGUGCUUUUCUAAUGAACCGAAAUGAAGACCUCAUCGGACCGGAAAUCCCAUAUCGGGUAUGUUUUGAGAACACUGUAUUUCGCUCUAAUAAGGUAGUUCCCCUUCACCAUAACCUAAUAAUUGGGCAAGGGACAUUUUACAGCCAGCAGGUUCCCCUUAUCUUUCGAGGGAACGUACAAUUUGUAAGCAAUACUCAGUCUGCGUUGGUUUUAGAUGGUUCAAUAGUAGAAGUUUUUGACAGACUAGAUUUUCUUAACAACACCGGUGUCAGGGGAGGGGCGAUAGCAAUGUACGGACGGUCAAGAAUUCUUUUGCACGAAAAUACGUCUGUAUUAAAAUUUGAAGGAAACAAUUGUGAGGACAAAGGCGGAGCACUGUACAUUCAAGCCCCAGGUCCCCCUCUGGUGAGCUUCAACGCAACU